GCUUUGGAACGCGCCGCCGAACGGAAACUUUUAGCCCGUGUCCGCGCACUACACGGUGGUAAGCUUGAAAGCUUUUAGCUUGGUCUAGUGCUCUCUUGGCGUAUGUGUACCCUGAUGCAGCGGUGAUUGUUUUACGCAGCAUAUAACAUGGAACGUAGCUCUUCCCAAUCGAAAGUUGUGAUUAUCGUAUUGGGUGUUUGUUGUGAGUGAUGAAUAAACAGCAAGUGUCAUUGCAACCCGGCGAGAAUUGCGUCGCACAUUUAGAGCUUGUCACAGUGUCAAUAGAACACAGUCAGAAAAACGUAAACCACAAACAAAUCAGCCACAGUCAACACUAUAGAGAGCAAAUUAACCCCAUACAGAAUCCGAGAAAAUAAAAAGCACCCAAGGGGUGGUAACGCAAAAAAAAGUUCCACCAACAAAGAAACAGGACAACGUGCCAUACGCAACAAAGCCGAAGGUCACGACGAAUUGUUCGGUGAAAAGAAUAAACGGCGUAGUGAAUAUUAUAUUGCAGCACCUAAGCGGAGCGGAGAUGGUGUAAAGAACUUUUUUCCAGCACCACCCGGCAUAGAAGUAAAUCUUCGGUGGAAACAAUCGUUGGACCUCGACUGCUCCUCGCAGGCCGUUCGACUGGCGGUGAUUGCAUGCAUAUUCAUACAGUUUAUCGUCCGGUUGCAUACAUUUUUAAUAGCCGCAAUCACUGCUCGUUUCGUUAGCUGUUUUUUUAUUCACCUGAGCAGCGGUGAAUCUGUGAAGGGAACGGCAAAGAAAGAAUCCCGUAGAGAGCAUCACACCAUUGAAUCCAGUUAGUAGGCAGCCAUGGCCAGUAUAGUGCAACCAUCAACGACGACAGCGACCCGUUCGCAACAAGUGGCCAGCCAGAGCCAGCAAAUCGCAAUUGAGAUUGCUUCGGAACCAGUGCUGCCUCCUGCACCUCCCGCGCAACUCCAGAUUCAUCAUCAGGAAUUGCAGGCCCAUGCUCUGCUUGCUCAGUACCAGCAGCCUCAGUCACUUUCGACGCCCAGCGUUGACAUUGUGCUGCGCGAGUCAACGCGGGCAAAUUUGAUCAGUCGGAAGAAAUCGUCCGCCAGUGGGGAUAGGCGUGGAGGCAGCGUCGCAGGGGGUGGCAGGUCCAGUGGACGGGACGAUAAAGGUGAAGGAAAAUCUGUCUACCGAAAGUUCUUCAAGCGCAUCAAGACGAUACUGGAUGGAAACGAUCCAACGGCGAAGAGCAAACCGGAAGCCGAAGAUCUGCCCGUUCCACAGCGCUACUACCCAGACUCGCUUGGCGAACUGACACGGACCGCCCGUUUCACCGAGGACGAAAUCAAGCGAAUAUACCGUGGCUUCAAGGCGGAGUGCCCUACCGGCAUCGUCAAGGAGGAAACCUUCAAGGGCAUCUACUCGCAGUUUUUCCCGCUCGGUGCCAGCAGCGGUCAGUACGCUCAUUACGUAUUCAACUCUAUCGAUCUGGACCGUAAUGGCUCAUUAAGCUUCGAGGAAUUCGUUGCAAAUCUGUCGAUUCUGCUUCGUGGGACCGUGGACGAAAAGCUACAGUGGACCUUCUCGCUGUACGACAUCAACGGUGACGGCUGUAUUACCAAGGAGGAAAUGAAGGAGAUUGUAACCGCCAUCUACGAGCUGAUGGGUAAGGUACCCGAGGGCUGCGAAGAGGAACAGGCCAUUAAGGAUAAAGUUGAGCGGCUUUUCGAGAAAAUGGACCGCAACUGCGACGGAAAAAUAACCCUAGACGAGUUCAUCGAAUGCUGUACCAACGACGAAAGCAUCCGGCGCUCGAUUGCAGUUUUCGAUACCAUCUUCUAGGAAGUUACUUAAUGGAUUCGAAUUGGAGCACGCGUGAUAUUCAGUGAAAGCUAUAUCAGCUAUCAGUAACUUCUUGCAUUUCCAGCUUCAAAUUACUAGAAAAGAAUAUCUACUGUCACCUUGUUUGUUAUGCGAUCUGUGCAGCCUCAAGGAUAUAUGGUGAAGGAGACUCUUUAUCUGCUAAUCUACGAUAUCAGAACGUUUCAUCAUACUUUUAGUGACUGUGUGGGUAAGAGAGUGACAAGCCCUCGUAGAGCUCAUUGUACGCUGGCUCUUCAACUGUCGAUUAAAAAAUGUGAUAGACAAGUGUCAUUUUCAUGAAACUAGCGCAAAAUGCUUCUUGACAAGUUGCUGAGCGUAAUACUGCUACGACAGAAUUGUUAUUCGACCUGAUGCGCCUGUUACAGAAGGUUUAAAAUUGAAAAGUAUUGAUUCUCAUUCGCACCAAAAUUGGUUAUUUGAAACUACAUAUGAAUUACUCUUUGAAAGUAAUAGAAUAGGUAGGAGAGCACAAACAGUAAAUAAUGGUUUAUAUUUUAUGUACCUAUAUGGAUUGAUACUCUCGUUUGUGUCUACUUUGCAAAGAUUUGUGCGUUUACGAGUGCGUCACAAAAUUAUAUAGGGUAUCGGCUUUAUUAUCGUCAGCAAGGGUAAAUGAUGUCCUAAAGCGUUUAUUCAUGCAAGAAAUAUGGUUCUUCAUAUUGCAGCGCAUCUUCCUGCAAAAGAUUAGUUCUCUAUGAGCUCCCUAACCCACCCCGAUGACGAUAUUAGAGGCGAAACCCCUAUAGUUUUUGUGGAAUGUUCAAAAUCUGGCUCUAUAAUAAGCCAUAUUGUUUGCCAGUGAAGCAUAUUAGAUAUUACUGCUUGCGCUAAUUUUGGCACAUUUUUUUGCUUCGAACUUGAUAGUUUCACAAUACAGCUUUUGCAAGGACUUCUGAAAGCCGCUAUAUAAAAAUUCUAUAAUACCGCAGAUGAGUAGCGAAUAGAGGUUUCCCGUCAGACCAAACUGCUCUUUUCUCAUUUUUUUUUUCCAAUUUCUAUCAUUUUUUACUGCGCUGAGUUUCAGCCAUUAUUAUAUUUAUCUCUUGUUUUCGCUAACGUGGAAACGUGUUUUAUAAGUGAAUAUUAUAAAGGAAAUUGCCACAGCAUCCCAAUGCGUAAAUUGUAAAAAAAAAUAUUGAAAGUAUGACAGAAAGCACGGAACCGCUGAAAUAACGCACGUAAAAACAACAUCAACAUCAGCAAAUACCAUGUCUCUGGUCAGUUCGUACAAUGGUCUAUAGUAAAGUAAAAUAUCAAAAUGAUACACAAGAAGGGAAGUAUGCACUAAGAGAUUGCUUUUAUGGGGUAAAAUAUACAUCUUGUUUAUUAUUAAUAGUUAUUACCUUAAAAAAAACUUUGGUAAAGAAUCAACUCCUGAAUUCAAAAUUUAUUUUGACGGAAAUCUUCUAUUAAAGUUUCUGCUUCUAGCAAUAUGUUUAGUUAUUUUUACGCAGCAAAUACCAAAGUGAUAUUAUUGUUAUUGAUGUUAAAAAAAACAAGAAUUUUCCUCUUCCUUUUCGCACAAGGUGUUACAAUGUGUCGUGAAUAAUUGUUAUGUGUAGAAAAGAUAGAAUAAAAAUGACUAUCAGAUUGCUAUGAGUCUUUCCAUUAUUCUUGUAUUCGCAAAUGUUGAGAAAGAGAAAUACCGAACAAAUAAAUUAAAAUUGGUUACAGCUGCACAGCUUUUUAGGUACAAAAAUAGAAAUCAGUAGGAACAAUAACACUACUAAGAUCUAAUUUUUUUCUUGAUGUCCUAAAAAUGUUAAGCUUUUUCCUCACAUUUAACCUAUAAGAAAUCAAAUAUAUCUAACUCUUGAACUUCCAACUUAUGAAGCCAACGCUAUGACACAAAACAAAAUGUGUACAAUUUCCAAAAUAUGAAACUGACUGUAUAUAACGUUUAUUAUAAAUUACUACUAAAUUUAACGAAUCACCUAUUUUAGAAAAUUCAAUACAAGACAAAUCCAAACUGAAAAUCUAUUCCUAAAAUCUUUGAAAACUAAUUAAACCAACCUCUUGUUGAAUUGAUUUUCAAAUCAUUAUUCUAUAAGCAAAUGAUAUUUCCAAGAUGUGUGAAUGAAGAUGUCGAUGAAUCGUAAUAGAAAAUAAGCUAAAUGAGAACAUGAAAUUAUAACAAACCUUCAAAGGCCCACAAACAGCAGGAUGAUGCAAAUCAAACGUAAAAUAAUAUCAUUAACGAUAGUUGAGACACUGAAUUCAACCAAUCGGUUGAUAAUAUAUCUUUUCUACUGCAGGCUCCGGAACCAACAAACUCCAGUGAUAGAGCUAUAAAUGUUCGUGUGAAUCAUAUAUAAUACAUGUUUCCCGUUGUAGUAUAUAUUUGGUACAUCCCUUCGAGAGAGUAGAAUUUGUAAUGAUGUUGUUCUUGCAUAAGAAAAAAAAAGUUUAAUGACUGGACUUGAACCAAGAGUCAACCAUUUACUGUACCCGUAAAAUUUAAGAAUCGAAAUUUGAAAUCCGUUGUUGUUUUUUGUUAUCCUACUUCUUGAACACUUUGAUAGAUAGUUUUUCGGACAGUUCCAAUUGCGGCUGUCCUUAAAUAACUCAUACAGUUGUUGUUAUGAUCCCAAAUUUUCUCACUAAAAUCAUGCGAUAGAACUACAAAAAGUGUAUACAUAAGCUUAUAUGAAUGUUAUAGAUCAGAAUGGAAGAAAAAGGUUUACUGUUAAUUACAAAAUUGUCUGUAGCUAAUCCGUUAUGUUUGUUUAGGCUGAAAUAAAGUGUACAGCUUUGAGCAGAUAAGCUACACUGCUAUUUGUUGUAGAAUAGAUUAAAAAACAUAAUUGUGGUAAUACAAACCAGGCGACACCUAUUCAGUUGUUUCGAUGUUCACAAAGCUUUAAGCGUUUAAAAAACGAUUAAUAAAAUAAACUCUCUCAUAGAAAA